AUGGACGUCGACCUCGAGUCCUUUCAGCGGCACCAAGCUGCGCCCUCUGGGCGAUCCGCGCCCCAGCAACCAGCAGUGGACGUCUCCCUCGAAUUAGACGAUCUCGGGAACCUGGAGCAACACUUCUAUAACCAAGGCUACCACGAUGGCUACCAGCAUGGUACCAUUCACGGACUUAUUGAUGGCCGGCAACUCGGGCGAGAAAAGGGGUUCGAGCUGUGGGAAGAAGUUGGGUUUUACGAGGGAUUUACGAGUACAUGGAGCAGGCUGAUCUCUCUGCCUUCUACUGAAGGGGAAGGGACGAGGACGAGAGCGGCCCAGAGCGCGCAGAGGCUGUUAGCGCUCGUCGCUAGAUUCCCGACGACGAACCCUACCCCUGAACCUACACCACCGGGGGAAGAAGAGCACCCCGAUGUGUUGUCGGACGAGCAUGCUACCGUACCCCUUGGAGAAGAUAUGCCUGCGCUGCUGGCGAGGAUGAGGGCGCAGUAUAGGGCGCUUUGUGCGGCUCUGGGAGUGAGGCCGCGGAUGGCGGUCGCGGGGAGUGCGGGGGAGGAGAUGGGGAGGAAGUUGGCUUUUUGA